AUCCUCAUUUGAAUACCGCAGCUAUAAAUGAGUGUGGCGUUCUCAGCCUGAUUAUUUUCUCAGGUGUUGCUUACUGUCGCAAUAUUUAGGGUUACAAUGCCUGAGCCAGCCAAGUCCGCUCCUGCCCCGAAGAAGGGCUCCAAGAAGGCGGUGACCAAGGCGCAGAAGAAGGACGGCAAGAAGCGCAAGCGCAGCCGCAAGGAGAGCUACUCGGUGUACGUGUACAAGGUGCUGAAGCAGGUGCACCCGGACACGGGCAUCUCGUCCAAGGCCAUGGGCAUCAUGAACUCGUUCGUCAACGACAUCUUCGAGCGCAUCGCGGGCGAGGCGUCGCGCCUGGCGCACUACAACAAGCGCUCGACCAUCACGUCCCGGGAGAUCCAGACGGCCGUGCGCCUGCUGCUGCCCGGCGAGCUGGCCAAGCACGCCGUGUCCGAGGGCACCAAGGCCGUCACCAAGUACACCAGCUCCAAGUAGACUCUGCACGGGAGAGAUACAGAUGCAGAGGAGAAAUGAAUGCACAGAGUGACUGGAAACAUGCAUCUGUCUAUAGACAAUGCAAAGUAUGAAAAUUCUGAGCUGCCCAAAAAUGACUGAUGAGUCUCCACCCAGAUUCCACUCAGCCUACCCCACUUCAUAUUGAUACAUCUACACGAGUAGAACAGCUUUAGCUUGGCCAUUUUGUUUUCCAAAUGAUAAAAAAAAAAAAAUAGAAUUUGCUUUCUGUGUUAGGCUAUUUACCACAAAAUCCGAUUUUGGGAAAAGGAUGAAUUGGAGAAUGGCAGGAAAUUUGUAAAUGAAUUGCUGUGAUUAAUAAAAUCUGCUGAGAAUUGGAA